GGGUGGGACCUGGAGCCGCUGAUCCUCCUUAGACCUUCACGGAUCCGGCCUAGGUAAGCCGGAGGCCCUGGACAGAUCCAGGACUAGGGAAUUUGGAGGUGGAGAAUCUUCUCAUUCCAGGUACUCCAUGACAUCCUCCACCAAGGACAGGGGUUCCCAUCUCUUUUGUCCACUUUGGGGGUCCAGUUCCUGGAACAGCACUUGGCACUGACACACAGGACACUUCAGUGACUCGAAAGAUCAUUUUGCAUCAAGUGUGGGGGCUACGCCUGAUCCCAGCUGUUUGGGAGGCCGAAGCAGGAGGAUCCCAAGUCUGAGGCCAGCCUGAACAACUUAGCAAGACCCUCUCAAAACAAAAAUAAAAGGGCUGGGAAUGUAGCUCAGUGGCAGAAUGCACCUGGGUUCAAUCCCCAGUAUUGAAAAAAAAUGUGGAAGACCAAGCCUUGUUGAAAGUACAGAGCUCAACCCUGGCACCCUCUGCCCUCAAGAUGUCCAUGCAGGGGCCACAGAAUGGAGAGGACCUCAACCACCAACCCUGGUACCAUGGACUCCUAUCCCGCCAGAAGGCCGAAGCUCUUCUUCUGCAAGAUGGCGACUUCCUGGUCCGUGCCUCUGGGUCCCGUGGGGGCCACCCUGUGAUCUCCUGCCGCUGGCGGGGCUCCGUUCUGCAUUUCGAGGUGUUUCGUGUGGUCAUGCGCCCCCGGCCAGGCCGACCAGCAGCUCUCUUUCAGUUGGAGGACGAGAGGUUCCCCAGCAUGCCUGCCCUGGUUCUCAGUUACGUGACCGGCUGCCGCCCGCUGUCCCGGGCCACAGGGGCUGUGGCCUCCAGGCCUGUGAUUCGGCAGGGGCCUCUGCGGCGCAGCUUUAGCGAAGAUACACUUAUGGACUGCCCAGUCCGCACAGAACAUUUCAGGGACAGGAAGUGGAGCAACAGUCAGCCUGCAGACUUGGAGCUCACAGGGGAGUCAAAAGAAGACCACUCUGGAUCAGGAACCUCUACUAUGCCGAUAUCUGCCCUGCUCCGGACAGGCAGUGACCCCGUGUUGCCCAAGGCCCCCGCUCCCCUGGGGACUAUUGCUGACAAUCUCAGAGCCUCGGAUGGCCAACUUCAUGCUAAGGCACCAACCAAGCCCCUCCGGACACCCUCACUGGCGCUUACUGAUGCCUCUGGAAGACCCUCGACCUACUGUGAGCUGGUGCCCCGCGUGCCCAGUGCCCAGAGAAUGCCUCCUGGCCAAAGCUGUUUGGAGCCAGAGUCACCAUGGUGGGAGGAGGAGGAGGAGGAAAUGGUGAAGGAGGACAAAUGUUUUGCAAGACCACAGAACGAGGUCUCCUUUUGCCCCCCUGAUACCCGAUCUUGCCUGCUGGGUCCCCAGAAUCGGCCCCUGGACCCCAACGUCUUGUGUAUUCUCCGUGGUUUGUUCCUGGAUCACCAUCCUGAGAGCACCGCCCUCCACUUGCUAUUGGUGGACUGCCAGGCUGCGGGCCUCCUAGGAGUGACCAAAUUUCAGCGAGCUGCCAUGGGCGUCGCUUCGGGCCUGGAACUGCUCACGCUUCCCCAUGGGCAUCGCUUGAGGCUGGAACUGCUGGAGAGGCUAGAGACACUGGCCCUGGCGGGGGCGCUGGCGGUGCUGGGCUGCUCUGGACCGCUGGAGGAGCGCGCAGCCGCACUGAGAGGCCUGGUGGAACUGGCAUUGGCGUUGCGGCCAGGGGCAGCAGGGGACCUGCCCGGGCUGGCUGCGGUCAUGGGAGCCCUUCUCAUGCCACAGGUGUCCCGGCUGGAACAUACGUGGCGCCACCUCCGACGGAGCCACACAGAGGUUGCGCUGGCCUUCGAGCAGGAGCUGAAGCCGCUGAUGCGGGCGCUGGAUGAGGGAACGGGACCCUGCGACCCCGGCGAGGUGGCGCUGCCGCACUGGGCGCCCGCGGUGCGCCUGCUGGAGGGCGAGGAGCUUGCGGGGCCGCUGGAGGAGGGCUGCGAGCGGCUGCUGCGGACCCUGCACGGCGCGCGUCAGAUGGCCGGCGACGCGCCCAAGUUCCGCAAGGCGGCUGCCCAGCGCCUGCGAGGCCAUCCCCAGGAGCCCUGGCUGAAUGAGCCUCUGAAAAGCCACCCCUCGGUCCUGCAAAGUAGAGGAUCCCCUUCCCUACUAACCCCGCCCAGUUGCGCCACAUACUGGAGCAGAGUCCUUUUGCUUGGUCCGAAGUCUCAAGGAUUCCAGCCUAACCCGGAUCUGAGGGAGGCCCUGACCACUGGUUUCAUGCGGAGGCUGCUCUGGGGGAGCCGGGGCGCCAGUGCGCCCCUAUCAGAACGCCUGGAGAAGUUCCAACAUGUGCUUAGCAUCCUGUCGCAGCGUCUAGAGCCUGACCAGUAAGACAAGAGACACCCUUCUUUACACCAGGACCCCAAACUUCCAGGGACCUCCAAGGAGACCAAGAAAGUUGCCCCAGGCACCUCACAGCCUUGAGCAGUGGAAACUGGCUCCAGGCCUCACAAAAGGAGGCGAUCAAAGUUUGCAAAAAUGCACAAGGAUCCUGGGGGUGGGGCGGCAGCAGCCUCCUGCCUCACCCUAGAAGACUGACCGAGGUAAUCUGGAGGCCACGCUCCUGCCACACACAUACACACCCCACAGUUGGGAACACCCAGAAAGCAGUGCCCGGUGGUGAACAUGUGGCUUUUCUUGGUAAGAGAACUUGCAGAUCUAGUAUCAGGAGUUCAAAUUCGACUGUACUUCUGAAAAGCUGUGUGACUUUCAGCAGAUCAUUUCACUUCUCUGCUGACCUUCAACACAAAAGUGAAACCGUGUGCUUUCUAGGGUUUGUGGCUGAGAUGAAAACUUAAUGUUCAGAUCAGAUCAUGGUGGAGAGUGCCUGGCACACAGCAGGUACUCAAUAAACCCUACCCAUUCUCAGUAA